AUGCAGCAAGCAAAUGCUUCACCAGAGGAGUUGCGGGAAUAUGCAGAGCGUAGCAAUCAGGAGAAACUCUCCAUUUCGCUGAGAAUGUUGGACAGGUAUAUGGCGUAUACGCCGCGUAAGGGUGACAGGCAGGAUCCGAGACCUACCCAGUCGCCCGGAGGUCUCCCACGCAGUAACCGAAGCCUGCGCUCCGACGACGAAAAUGCUAUAGUAGAGGUGUUAGACCAGAUCACAUUAUUCGUGGUCACAGGACGACCAGGAGAGGUUGUGUCCGCGGUAUUCACGGACUUCUCACAAGCGCAGGUACGACUCUCUGCCAAUGGAGUACCUUCGUCGGCACAGCGGCAACAUACAGAGGCAUUCUUCACCUUGUUGCGUGCCACCAGGAGAGAAAAUGUGGUGGAAAACCGCGUACGGCUACGCAAGAUGAUAUAUACAUUCUGCGCUCAGACAAUCAAGGUGCGAAUGUGGAAGAUCUGGAAGUCGUUAUACGGCGACAGAGACACUAUGAAGGAAUUAGAACAGGCCAUCGAAAACUUGGAAAAGGAAGACGAAACACCUGUUUCCGAGUCUGUGGUCCCUGGUUACCAAAACCUAGGACUGGUAUACAGCAAUAUCAACAUAUCGGACCUUCUCCCAUCACAGCUCGUCAGGCAGAUGGUUGGAGAUCUGUAUACGCAGGCUGGGAAAUGGAAAGAGGUCAAUAAUAUCAUCGUGCCCGACGACGAUGAGAUUCAGCGCACCUGUCUUCUUGCUCACAUCCUUGGCGUAUCCCGAGUUAUGAUAAGCCAGCAUAUCUCAAUCCGGAAACUUGUGUCGCGUCUGAUGAAGCUGGGAAGAUUUUGGCAUGGUAUCCUGAGCCUUAUGGACUGGGCGAUACAGUGUCAUGAAGAGCGGAAGAGUAUCCAAUACAGCUGGAUUCCCGAGGGUACUCAAUCACACAAGCGUAUGCGCGCUUUCAAGUUAGGCACUCGGCCAGAGGUGGUCGUGGAAUACCUUGCGAAUUCCAGGAGUCCCAAUGUCCCCUUGAACGACAUUGACUGGAAAGUACUCAAGGCCAUAUUUCACGGCUGGAAUUCAGGCGAGUUAGUACAUCCAGUACUUCACUGUGAAGUAGCUAUCAUCAUGGCAUACCUUGACCACGACAAGCAGAAGAUGCCCAGAAUUAUAACGUGCAACAAGCGAAGCUGCUUCACCUGCCAGAAAUGGAUAGACCUUUUCAAUCAGAUACGACGCACCCGAUGGUCGACCCUCGGAAGCCACAUGAAAUACUACAUGCAAUGGCAGUUCCCUGGAACUGUUGUCGCCAAUCCUAUCUUCGAUGAAGUCGACGAGGCGUUGUUGAAGUUGGUUGAAGACGAAGCAUUCAACUAUCUGGUCAGAGGGAAAAUUACACAAGACCUUCCGGCAAUGCAAUCAGAUGAUGACGCAAGCUUGCCCAGCGGAUCGCCGAAGACCGACAUCGCGUUCUCGAUUGCCCCCUAG